UUUCGGCACCAAUAUUGAACCAUUUCUCCCAGUUUCUGAGUGUACUCGAAGGCAGCAGGACCUGGAAGUAGGUAGCUCUUUGUGAGCAGGAAUCGAGUGGUCGGCGCUGUGCUGUAGGUCUAAUUUUAUAUUUGACAAGGGUGACCCAUUUAAAGUGAAAGUGCUGAAUCUUUCCUUUUAACUCCCGCUGAACUGGAGCUAUGUCAGACAUUAGGAUCCAUGUGUUCACCUCUGAUGAUGCUCCACAGAGGAAAACAGGAAAACGGAAGAGGAAAAACAACAGGCUUCGUAGAAAGGUGCGAUGCUCAGAGCAUAAAACACACGUGGAAGUUAAACAGACAUACAACCACCAUAUGGGACAGUCUGGACAUGUCCAAGCUCCACGCCACAGUGGAGCUUCCACACAAAACAUCUGUCGACCUAAUCCAGGCAGCCCAGCCAUGGCUUCACAUUGUACCUCCAGUCCUUCAGCCUCCACACACCCCCUACCCUCCUGGGUUUUCACUGUGCACAACAAAGGCAGCCAGGAGAGGCCAAAGGAACCUGUGAGCACAAACUCAGGUGCCACCACCCCCGGCCCCUCAGUAUCCAGCAGUUGUAAACCCACCACCACAUCUGCAGCAGUCCCCACUAAGUACCUGGCUAUCGACUGUGAGAUGGUGGGCGCAGGGCCAAAGGGGAGCAUCAGCCAGCUGGCACGCUGCAGCAUAGUGUCCUAUGAAGGAGAUAUAGUUUAUGACAAGUUUGUCAACCCCUCCAUGCCUGUUACUGACUACCGCACCCGAUGGAGUGGCAUCCGGCACAGGGACCUCGUCAAGGCCACGCCGUAUUCUCAGGCCAGGAAGGAGAUACUGCGGCUGCUGAUGGGGAAGGUGGUGGUCGGCCACGCUGUCCACAAUGACUUCAAGGUGCUCGAGUACUCUCACCCCGCUGCCUUGACCAGAGACACGUCCCGGAUCCCUCUGCUCAACCUGAAGGCCGGCUUCGCUGAGAAGGAGUGCGCGUCACUGAAGAGACUCACUAAGGCCAUUUUAAACCGAGACAUCCAGACCGGAAAGAAGGGACACUCUUCUGUGGAAGACGCUAGAGCUGCUAUGGAGCUGUACAAAGUGGUGGAGGAGGAGUGGGAGCGGAGGCUUGCCUCCAAAUGCCAGGUUAUUAGGACGAGCCAUGGAAAUAAAAAGAUCUGAACUGAAUGUUCGGUGUGACAGGUUUGGAGUGACUGACACACCAUCAACCCCUUUAACUCUCCUGUUGACUUUCGACUGGAGAAACCAGGAAAAGUGCUGGACUGAAAUUUCAAGCCCCGCUCUCAUCAUGGGUGAAGACUGUUGGGUGACGCUUUGCUGUGACCUUCAGUUUCGACAGUGACACUCUUGUUCAGGGUUUGCACUGGGUUUAAAUGCUGUUCCUCCUGCUAGGGUUCAGUCACAUCUACACCCCGGCAACACAAGUACAUAAUUGAAACAUACAUAUGCCAAAAAUGUUUUUAAGCUUUUAAUUUGCAAGUGGUUUGGUUCUGAAUCAACCAGUUCAGCUGUUAUGGGACAUUGGAGGCCUGUGCCACAAAGCGAGUUCAAUGUAUUCUGGCUCUUCGGGGUGAUCUGGCUUCACUGAGUGUAACUUGGAGUGUCUUGGAUAACGGGUACCACGAAGCUGGUUAUCUUUGUGCAUUUAAAACCCAGCACUGAUCACCAUGUAGCUGUAGACUCUCUAUUUGUCAGUGACCCAUGGAAGGCCUGGAACAGCAUAGUGAUAUGACUGCUCGAUGGAAUUGUCUAAUGCUUAUCACAUUCAUGAAGACCCAGUCAGGAUCCAGUAUAUAACCACUGUUUUUCCAGUGAUCAGAUUGGUCAGUGCUCAGGCUGUUGACAGAUUUUGAUCCGAUCCUCUGAACUUAGCCUGCUCCGGAGCAGGAUAGCUGUGAAGCAUAAGUCACCAUGGUGAUCUAAAAAGUUAGCCAGCUUCAUAAUACCAGCAAACCUGAGCUGAGCCCAAAGUUAGCUGGAUAGGCCACUGAUGUGGCUUCGUGGUACAGGCCCCAGGACACCUCAGAGUCAUGCUCACACCUCCAUCGUGUCUUCUCACCUUUGUGCCUUCCCAGCAUGGAUGGUAAAGAAGUAUGAAGUUUGAAUAACCUUUUACUGAUGGAAGUGCAUCGCUUGUCAGGGCAGAUGUUUAUGUUUUUGAUGAUGAAAAUGUCAAUUUGAAACUAAAUCCUGUCACAUGGUUCAGCUUUGAUCAACCAGUGCUGUUCUCAAGGGCCUGGGCCAGGAUUUGAAGAAUACCUCAGUCAUGAAUGCAUGUGGCUUUUUGAAUGAGUAAUAUUUUUGACCAUUAGCCCUUACAGUCAUAUUGCUUAAUAUUUUCCAGACACGUGUAUUAAUAUAAGACCAAAUAUAUUAUUUUAACAUGUAAAUGUUUUGAAAAAACAUAGACAGCACUGUUUAUAAAAGGUGUUGGUCAUGUAUAUUACAAAAAAACACAUGAUUUUAUAAACAUGCAAUCACUUCAGGGCCUAGUAUUUUGGAACAGGAAGCCUAAAUUUUACUAUAAAAGUUGAUCAUUGUUCUCUAAACGUUUCUAUACGUAACUGAGCUAAAACUGAAAAAGGUUUCAGCACAGGAUGCUCCCUCCCCCUCAAAACACUGCGAACAUCCAUCCUGACAAAGCCACAGUAGACAGCCUACAUCUGCUUUCACAGAGGGAGAAUAGGCAACGCUGCGCUAACAGCAACAGUGAAUCACCAGCACAUUCUGGGUUUAGAUCAGGUUGAUUGGAAGUGUCAAGAACUGUAGCCUGAUAGUAACAUUUGUGUGAGAUUAGAGUUCAGAUGUACAGGCUUGGUCUUUGUUAGAAAAGAUCUGAAGUCAGCAAGGGUCCAAGUUUUUAUAAUGGAGUUAGGGAGAAGUUUUAUUAAGUAAAGACAGGCCCUGUGUCUGUUUUUUUGUCUGUUGACCAAACCGACAGCUGAAAACAACAGCGUCACGGCAGUCGGUGCCCAAGCAUCUGAUGGUCACAGACCACAGCCGGCGUGUCCUGUGCUAGGAAUUCUUGACUUGAUGUUGUACUCAUCAACAAAAAGUGUCUGAAGUAGUUUUGUUAAGAAGCAUGAGAGAGUUUAGACUCUGCACACCCCAGUGAGCUGUGUAAUUGUUGCAUUGUCAGUUUAAGACGUUAUAAAAAUUGAAAACUUACAGGCACUGAAGCAUACCGAGGCCUGUAGUCAUCACAUGAAGCCACUUCCUCUGUCUUCAGCAAAACCCACUGCAGCGUGAUUUAAUCCAUUCCCUACUGUUGAUCCCGUCUUAAUCUCCUUGUGCAUCAGCAAUAAUGUGAAUAAUUUGAUUUUUGACCCUGUCAUUAGGUCUGUAAGUGAAAUCCAGAAUGUUAACACCAAAGAGGCUUUGGAUUUUCUUCUGUGGGUGUGUUAGAGUUUUCCCUUCAUGUUUAAGGCUGUAUAACAAAUGAAAGUAAUAACCAUCUGUGUCUCACUGGUCCUUGUAGUGAUGGCUGGCUCAAGCUAUUGGCAGCUAGUCUCUGUAGAUCACCCUGUUCAUGUUAGUCAUGACCCAGCAUGAGCCACAUGUGUAAUUCUGUUUAUUACCAAAUGCUUUUGCAGGUUGCCAGGUUAACCUCACAUACCUGCAUGGAGCUGUAUGUGGAAGCAUGAAAGGUUUUAUACUGUCCAGUAUGAAUAAAUAACAUCUGUUUGGGACAGAUAAUGAGUCACAGUAUU